AUGGCUGCUCCGCGCGCCGCGCCCCCGCGCUGCCGGCCCCGGCUCCUGCUGCCUCUGCUGCUGUUGCUGCUGCUGCCCGCGCCGAGCGACGGUCUCGGCCACUCCGCCGAACUGGCGUUUGCUGUGGAGCCAAGCGAUGAUGUUGCAGUCCCUGGGCAGCCUGUAGUGCUGGGCUGCAAGGUGGAGGGGACCCCUCCAGUGCGAAUCACCUGGAGGAAGAAUGGGGUGGAGCUGCCCGAGAGUACCCACUCCACCGUGCUGGCCAAUGGGUCGUUGAUGAUCCGCCACUUCCUGCUGGAUGGAGGAGGCAGCCCUUCAGACGAGGGGGACUAUGAGUGUGUGGCUCAGAACCGCUUUGGGCUGGUGGUCAGCCGGAAGGCUCGAAUCCAGGCUGCAACCAUGUCCGACUUCCACGUGCACCCUCAGGCCACCGUGGGUGAGGAGGGCGGUGUGGCCCGCUUCCAGUGCCAAAUCCAUGGGCUUCCCAAACCCCUGAUCACCUGGGAGAAGAACAGAGUCCCCAUUGAUACAGACAAUGAGAGGUACACACUGCUGCCCAAGGGGGUCCUGCAGAUCACAGGCCUUCAGGCUGAGGACAGCGGCGUCUUCCACUGUGUGGCCUCCAAUGUCGCCAGUGUCCGGGUCAGCCAUGGGGCCAGCCUCACUGUGUCAGGCUCGGGCUCUGGGGCCUACAAGGAGCCUACGAUCCUCGUGGGGCCUGAGAACCUCACCCUGACUGUGCACCAGACCGCCGUGCUCGAGUGUGUCGCCACGGGCAACCCGCGCCCCAUUGUGUCCUGGAGCCGCCUGGAUGGUCGCCCCAUUGGGGUGGAGGGCAUACAGGUGCUGGGCACGGGGAACCUCAUCAUCUCAGACGUGACCGUCCAGCACUCGGGCGUCUACGUCUGUGCAGCCAACAGGCCCGGCACCCGGGUGAGGAGGACGGCACAGGGCCGGCUGGUGGUGCAAGCCCCAGCAGAGUUUGUCCAGCACCCCCAGUCCAUCUCCAGGCCGGCUGGGACCACAGCCAUGUUCACCUGCCAGGCCCAGGGUGAGCCGCCCCCUCAUGUGACGUGGUUGAAGAAUGGACAGGUGCUGGGGCCAGGAGGCCACGUCAGGCUCAAGAAUAACAACAGCACCCUGACCAUUUCUGGAAUCGGCCCUGAAGAUGAGGCCAUCUACCAGUGUAUGGCCGAGAACAGCGCUGGCUCCUCUCAGGCCAGCGCCAGGCUGACUGUGCUGUGGGCCGAGGGCCUGCCCGGGCCCCCCGUCAACGUGCAGGCGGUCUCUGUGUCGUCCACUGAGGUCCGCGUGUCCUGGACCGAGCCCCUGGUCAACACCAAGGAGAUCAUCGGCUAUGUCCUGCAUAUCAGGAAGGCUGCUGACCCACCAGAGCUGGAGUAUCAGGAAGCAGUCAGCAAGAGCACCUUUCAGCACCUGGUGAGCGACCUGGAGCCCUCCACUGCCUACAGCUUCUACAUCAAAGCUUACACACCCCGGGGGGCCAGCUCAGCCUCUGCCCCCACCCUGGCCAGCACUCUAGGUGAAGCCCCUGCCCCACCCCCACUGUCAGUGCGAGUCCUGGGCAGCUCCACCCUGCAGCUGCUGUGGGAGCCCUGGCCCCGGCUGGCCCAGCACGAGGGCGGCUUCAAGCUGUUUUACCGCCCAGCAAGCAAGGCCUCCUUCACCGGCCCCAUCCUGCUGCCUGGAACUGUCUCCUCUUACAACCUCAGCCAGCUCGACCCCACUGCAGUGUAUGAGGUGAAGCUGCUCGCUUACAACCAGCAUGGGGAUGGCAAUGCCACAGUCCGCUUCGUGUCUUUGAGGGGAGCAUCUGAGAGGACAGCCCUGAGCCCACCAUGUGACUGCCGGAAGGAGGAGGCCACCAACCAGACGUCUACCACAGGCAUCGUCAUUGGCAUCCACAUCGGGGUCACCUGCAUCAUCUUCUGUGUCCUCUUCCUCUUAUUCGGCCAAAGGGGCAGGGUCCUCUUGUGUAAGGAUGUAGAAAACCAGCUCUCCCCUCCUCAGGGCCCCCGGAGCCAGAGGGACCCUGGCAUCCUGGCACUGAAUGGGGCGGGACGGGGAGAGCGGGGCCAGCUGGGCCGAGAUGGGAAACAUGUGGACAUGAAGGAACUGGAGCAGCUAUUUCCCCGAGCGGGGGCCGUGGGGCAGCCCGACCCCAGACCUAACCCCAGACCCACGCAGGACCCCGAGGCCCCUGCCCUGUGUGAGGAGACCCAGUUCUCCAUGCUGCCGCUUCAGGGGUUCGGGCUCCUGGAGGAGAUGACGUCUGAGGCCAAGCCCCCCUGUGUAGGCCCCCUCGCUGCCCUGCCACCCCAGGACACGGGCCCCGGCCUCCUGAGUGAAGGACCAGCCGCCCUGCCAGCUCGCUCGGGACAGUAG